AUGUCCGGACAAGUUGUUCUCCCAGCGUCCAUCCUGGACACAGACCUCUACAAGCUCACGAUGCAGCAGGCAGUGCUGCACCACUUUCCAGACGUGCAAGCCACAUAUCAUUUCACUCACCGGGACAAGAACGUCUUUUUCACUCGAGAGUGUAUCCAGCAAUUCCAGCUAUCCAUCUCCAAGUUUGGCGAUCUGCAACUCUCCGACUCCGAGCGUGUCUGGCUCAAAGCAACCUGUCCGUACUUCACUGACAACUAUCUGGACUUCCUAUCCGCCUAUAGAUUCAAGGUUGACCAAGUCCAGGUGCAUUUCAUUCCCCUCCCUGAUGACGCUGCCUUCGGUCAUUUGGAGAUCGAAGCUUCCGGAUCUUGGGUGGACACUAUUAUGUGGGAGGUGCCUUUGAUGGCUUGUCUCAGCGAGAUAUAUUUCCGAAUGGUUGACACCGAUUGGAGCUACGAUGGUCAAGAGGAGUCCGCGUAUCGUAAAGGGCAGACUUUACUCGCAGCAGGAUGCAUAUUCAGCGAAUUUGGCACCCGACGACGACGUUCGUACCAUACACAAGACAUCGUCGUUGGCGGGCUACUUCGUGCUGCGAAAUCCACCGACUCCGGAAAGUUGCUCGGCACGAGUAAUGUUCAUCUUGCUCACAAGUACAACCUCAUGCCGGUGGGAACUAUCGCACAUGAGUGGUUCAUGGGUAUUGGUGCAUUGAAGGGCUAUGAACAUGCCAAUUGGCUAGCGCUCAGUCUCUGGGAGCAGGUGUACCCUCACGAUCUCCUAUUGGCGUUGACAGACACCUUUUCAACCGAGGCUUUUUACAAGGAUUUUAUACAACAUCCGGAAGAAGCCCGAAGGUGGACUGGAUUGCGCCAAGAUUCUGGUGAUCCGUUUGUAUUUGCGCCCCGCGCCCGGGAAGUCUAUCAGCAGUUAGGAAUAAAUCUACAUGACAAGACCAUAAUUUUUUCUGAUGCCUUGAAUGUGGACAAAGCACUGAAAUUGAAGAAACAGUGUGAUGAAUUGGGCAUCAAUGCAUCAUUUGGCAUUGGGACGUCGCUAACCAAUGAUUUCAAGAGCUUAUCAAGUGGGGGUGCAGCCCAAAGCAGAGCUCUGAAUAUGGUUAUCAAACUUGCUGCAGUAAACAGUAGACCGUGUGUGAAAAUCAGUGAUGAAUUGACCAAGAACACUGGUGAUCCUAAAACAGUGCGCUUAGUGAAGAAUAUUUUUGGUAUCAAUGUUUAA